AUGAAUGCGUACAUGAUCUGGUCUCGCAUUCACCGUCCAGUCUUGAACCAAGCCUAUCCUGGCACCCCAUUUUCCACCAUUAGUGCCAGGCUUGGAGAAGAAUGGAAAAACCUGUCACUGGAGCAGCAAAAGCCCUAUUAUGAGGAGGCGGAGCGACUUAAAAGGAAACACGCUGAAGAGUAUCCAAGUAAGUAG